AUGGCCAGCUCGCAAAACUCAUCCACUCUACCUGCUCGGCUCCUCGCUGCUGGCAGCAUUUUCACCAGCAAGACGGCGCUGUUCGUGCUCUCCAACGUCAUCUUCGCCCUCCUGGCCGCCGACUGCCGCUGCUGCUUCGCUGCCACCGCAUCAGCAGGCGAUGCCGCUUCUUCCGGCGAACCUGGUGGAGUCGUCCUGGAGAAACAAGCACGGCAUCAUCAGGUGCAGGUGCAGGUGGAGCAAUGUACCGUGCUGUUAAGUGUCUCAUGUUCAGAAAGUGUUGACCACGAUGAACAAGAAGGUGAAGAAGACAUGUCAACAAUGUCUGCCAACACGUUACCAGAUGAUGAGGAGCAGCUAUCGAAGCUGGAGCUGGUCAGGCUUGGUGAAGAAGAAGACAGCAGCAUCAGCUUGGAGGAGACUGUUGAUGUCGAGGAACCGACCUGCGAAACAGCUCAAGGGCUGGACAGGUUAGAGAUCAGUGAGCUGAACAAGAAAUUCGACGAAUUCAUAAGCAGCAGAAGGAUUAAAUGGGCAAAGGAGGAGGCUUACUUGCUCUUGUACGAGGUCUGA